AUGACGAGCGCGGUGCAACUCGACAACGAUGCCAUCACCAAUGCCGGCCUGACCGACGCCGAGCACCAUGGCAUCCACAACAACCCGGCGCGCGGCUCCAUGGACGUCCGCAAGGCGUCCGUCGCCCGCCACUCGGUGAGGGACGUCGAGCUGGUCCUCGACGAGGACUACGAGGGCAAGCCCACCGAGGAGGAGAUGCACACCCUGCGCCGCGUCUCCGGCCGCAUCAUGUGGAGCAUGUGGACGAUUGCCUUUGUCGAGCUUUGCGAGCGUUUCUCGUACUACGGCUCUUCGGUCCUGUACACCAACUUUAUCAACCGCCCGCUGCCGCCGGGCUCUACGACCGGUGCCGGCGCCCACCCCGGUGCGCUGGGCAUGGGUCCCAAGGCCGCCCAGGGCCUGAGCUUGUUCAACAUGUUCUUUGCCUACCUGAUGCCCCUUGUCGGUGCCUGGAUUGCCGACGCCCGCAUGGGUCGUUUCUGGACGCUUCACCUUGCCAUUGGCAUUUCCACCAUCGCCCACGUCAUCCUCGUCGUGGCCUCUUCCCCCGCCGUCAUCUCCAACAACAAGGGCGCCUUUGGCUGCUUCAUCAUCGGUCUCCUGACGCUCUGCGUCGGUACCGGCUUCUUCAAGGCCAACGUCUCUCCGCUGCUCGCCGAGCAAAACGAGGACACCAAGCCGCGCAUCGAGGUCCGCAAGGGCGAGCGCGUCAUCGUUGACCCCGCGGUCACCAACACCCGUAUCUUCCUCUACUUCUACCUCUGCAUCAACAUUGGCUCCCUCACCGGCCAGAUCGGCAUGGUCUACGUUGAGAAGUACGUCGGCUUCUGGGUCGCCUUCCUCAUCCCCACCAUCCUCUUCCUCAUCUCCCCCCUGGUCCUGUGGUCGCAGAAGCGCAAGUACAAGCUCAAGCCCCCGACCGGCUCGCUGCUCUCCAAGUUCUUCAAGAUGUUCUUCUUCGUCCGCAAGCGCUCCAGCCUCCGCAAGUUCAGCUGGGAGGUCGCCAAGCCCUCCAACGUGCCCAUCGACCAGCGCCCCUCGUGGAUGACCUACGACGACGCCUGGGUCGACGAGGUCCGCCGUGGUCUCAUGGCCUGCAAGGUCUUCCUCUUCCUCCCCAUCUUCUUCCUCUCCUACAACCAGAUGACGGGCAACCUCACCAUCCAAGCCGGCACCAUGGAGCUCCACGGCGUCCCCAACGACAUUAUCCAGAACCUCAACCCCAUCUCCAUCGUCAUCAUGAUUCCCAUCAUCGACCACCUGCUCUACCCCGGUCUCCGCAAGCUGGGCUUCGCCUUUACCCCCGUCAAGCGUAUGACCUUUGGAUUCAUCAUCGCCGCGCUUUCCAUGGUUGCCGCCGCCGUCAUGCAGUACUACAUCUACCAGAAGAGCCCCUGCGGCUGGUACGCCAACAAGAUCUUCAAGCUCGAGGAUGGCAGCGAGAAGCCUUGCGACCCGGCGCCCAUUAACGUCUGGGCCCAGUGCCUGCCGUACAUUCUCAUUGGUAUUGCCGAGAUCUUUGCCAACGUCACUUCCUACGAGUAUGCCUUCUCCAAGGCCCCUGAGAACAUGAAGUCGCUCGUCAUGAGUGUCAACCUGUUCAUGAGCGCCGUCUCCUCCGCUCUCGGCCAGGCUUUCACCCCCCUGUCCGACGACCCGCUCCUGGUCUGGAACUACACCACCGUCGCCUGCAUCGCCUUUGUCGGCGGUAUCGCGUUCUGGUUCUGCUUCCGCCACCUCGACUCUGACGAGGACAAGUGGAACAUGCUCAAGAAGUCCGAGUUUAUCGGCAAGCAGCAGCCCGGCCUCGGAAAGGCUCACGAGGGCAGCGAGGUGUAA